UCUCGCAUAUAUAUAAAUGACAAUUUACCCUGACGAGCCAUCAUUUCCAGAACUGGCGCUGUUAGUGAAAGUAUUUCAGAGAGUGAAUAUUAUAUUGAAAUGGAGAUGGUAAACCAAACUGAAAGCUUUGAGAAUCCUAAAGAGCACAAAAUAGCUUGUGAGGAGAUGAAAGCUAAAAGAAUAUCGAGUUCUCCCCCUAAAUCGUUUCGAAUUGAUGAUAUUUUGACAGAAAGCCAAAACAAACUAUCAAAGACCAAUAAUAGUAGUGAAGAUGAAUCAGAAAUGACCGGAAACAUAGCGAAUAGUCAGGAAUCGCAUCGGAAAUGUUCCAAAGACAGAGAACGCAGAUACUCUCCUACAUCUCAUCUAGGCCCGUUUGUGCCGAGAAGAGUUGCUACUUCGGAUAGUUCAAGUCCAUACCCCCAAGGUUUUACAAUGCCCCACUUUGUCUCGCCUACAUCAGAGGUAAAAUCAACUAGACAAACAACGAUCCCAACUGCUGCAUUUGCAUACAUGAAUGCAGCAAUGAAUGCAAUUUUACAAUCGUCACAAAAACAAAACGAGAAUCUAUUUGAAGUUGGUACAACAUCACCACUUUGGUCGUCAACUAUACCGUUAUCUCAUCAACACGUUCAUCCGUUCAUGAAACCGUUAACUUCUACUUCAACGAAUUCUCGUUUACCUCUUAUGAUGACAUCGACAGAUAUACAAAGAUUGAAUCCAUACGGCCUACAUUUUCCCGCUUUUGCAGCACCAAGGCCCAACGUUACAAUUAGCUCUUCAGGUCAAUCCACGCUCUUGCCUCCAUCCGACGUUUUACGAAACAGCGAAGUAAUAACAAUGAAUUAUUGCAGAAGAAGAAAAGCAAGGACUGUGUUUUCUGAUGUUCAACUUGCUGGCUUAGAAAAACGAUUCUGCAAACAAAAAUAUUUAUCAACGCCAGAAAGAAUAAGCAUUGCUACUUCACUAAAUCUUUCUGAAUCUCAGGUAAAAACGUGGUUCCAAAACAGAAGAAUGAAGCUAAAAAAAGAAACCAGAAAUACAGUUAGCACAUCAAUGUAUCAAAAUUCAACAGCAAAUAAUUUCGAUUGUGAAUCUGAUUAAUAUUUUCUUAUCGUUGUUUUAUUUUUCCUAGAAUAUCAAUCGAAAUCCUUACUAAAAUCGAAGUAUGUGCGAUAGAAUAGUUUUCUUCAAUUUUUAUUUCAUCCAAUAGUUAUUUUCAUUUUUUACAUUGUUCGUGAGAUUUCCUGUAUUUAUCUUUGCCAAGACUUGUCGUUUUGUCAUCAAAUAUAGAACUCAGAUGUUUCAAGUCUUGCAUUGUUUGCAUUCCAUAGCCCAUGCUCAUUUGACCAAAACAUUCCCAAAGUAAUGGCAUUUAAGAUCAAGAACAUUUUGCUUGUAUAUUUUGCAACAUGCAAUUGAAAAGUUUUGUUUAUUUGCUCGUUACCCCGUAUCAAUCAGUCGCUUUGUUGUUGAUUUUGAAUUUCGUAUUAUCCAGGUAAUUUUGAAUCAAAUGAUUUUUAACAAUUAUUUGUCCAAUGUUAAACAAUUUUUUUGAUAAAUAUUGUAAAGUUCCGAGAUUUUUUUGCAACGCUUUGUAAAUAAAACUACAGUUUUAGAAUA